AUGUGGACCUUUCUGGGUAUCGCCUCGUUCAUCUACGUGUACAAAAAGUGUGGAGACCUCAUGACUUACGCUAACAAGGAGGUGCUGCUCUCCGUGUUAGUGUUUUUCUCCCUCGGCUUGCUGCUGUCGUACAGGUACCGCUUCAGGGGGCCCAAGCAGCAGCAGCAAAAGACCCACCUGGGGAUGCUCUCUGAUGUUCUCUCAACUUUACCACUUGUUGGCUUCUUCUGGGCCAAACCCACCCCAGGAUCUCAACAGGUUGAACAAUCCAAAUCCAGAAAGGGUAGAAGAAAAGUAAACUUCUCAGAUGUGUAUCUGACAGAAACAGCUCCAAAUACAACGUUAUCACCCCAGUGUGACCCAGAAAUCAUCAUUGUGGGAUCUGGUGUCCUUGGUUCUUCCUUGGCCACGGUGCUCUCGAGGGAUGGAAGGAAGGUGGCUGUGAUAGAGAGGGAUCUGAAAGAACCGGACAGGAUAGUUGGAGAAUUGUUGCAACCUGGAGGUUUUAAAGCACUUAGAGAACUGGGUCUUGAAGAUGCAGUAGAAGGUAUUGACUCACAAACUGUAAAUGGUUACAUAAUUCAUGACAUAGACAGCAAGUCGGAGGUUGAAAUUCCUUAUCCAACAUCUGAGGAUGGGGGCGUGGCCAGUGGAAGAGCUUUUCAUCAUGGCCAGUUCAUCAUGGGUCUGCGAAGGGCAGCUAUGGCAGAGCCCAAUACAAAAUUCAUUGAGGGGACUGUGUUAGAAUUGCUUGAGGAAGAUGACUGCGUUGUGGGUGUUCAGUACAAGGACAAAGAAACUGGAGACACCAAGGAACUUCAUGCACCACUCACAGUUGUUGCUGAUGGACUUUUCUCCAAGUUUAGGAAGAACUUGGUCUCCAACAAAGUUACUGUUUCAUCUCAUUUUGUUGGUUGCAUUUUAAAGGAUGCACCACAGUUUAAAGCUAAUUAUGCUGAACUUGUUUUAGCUAAAACCAGUCCAGUGCUUAUCUAUCAGAUUUCUUCAACUGAGACUCGGGUCCUUGUCGAUAUUCGAGGGGAAAUGCCAAAGAAUUUAAAAGAAUACAUGAUUGAGAACAUUCAUCCACAGCUACCUGAUCACUUAAAGGAGCCAUUCUUAGUAGCAGUUCAGACUGAUCGCUUAAGGACAAUGCCGGCCAGCUUCCUGCCCCCUUCAGCUGUAAACAAAAAAGGUGUUCUGCUUUUAGGAGAUGCAUAUAAUAUAAGACACCCUCUAACUGGUGGAGGAAUGAGUGUUAUUUUAAAUGAUAUUAAAAUAUGGAAGAGUUUGCUCCAGGAUAUUCCAGACCUUUAUGAAGAUUCUGACGUUCUUCAGGCCAAAAGAACAUUUUACUGGUCAAGAAAAAAGUCUCAUUCUUUUGUAGUGAAUGUUCUUGCCCAGGCACUGUAUGAACUCUUUGCUGCCACAGAUGAUUCCUUGCAUCAGCUGAAGAGUGCUUGUUUCCAUUACUUCAGGCUUGGUGGAGAAUGUGUCUCUGGCCCUGUUGGAUUGCUGUCUGUGUUAUCUCCUAAACCAAUGGUGCUGAUUGGCCACUUCUUUGCUGUAGCAUUAUAUGCUGUUUAUUUUUGCUUCAAGUCAGAGUCCUGGAUCACCAAGCCUCGAGCAUUUGUCAAUAGUGGAGCCAUUCUUUACCGGAGCUGCUCGAUAAUAUUUCCACUUAUUUACUCUGAAAUGAAGUAUUUAAUCUAUUAAAAUCCAGGGGGAAAUGACUGGAGGAAGAAAACAUGAAAAUCACAACGCCUUCAAAAUAUUUGGAGCUGUACUAUUUAAUAGUGUAUUAUGUUUUCUUCUCUGCAAAACAUGAUUUCCUUGAUAAGGAUUUAACUUAAUUUUGGUUUUGUGGUUAUAUACAUAUAUAUUAUAUGUAAAUAUUCUUUUCUUUGCAAUUUGAGUUCAGAGAGGAGGUAGCUGUUUACAAAGACCAUGAUUAUGUGUUGACAUGUGGUAGAUAAUUGCCAGUUUUGUCAGAAUUUCAUCCCUUGCUUUAGCCAUUGCUGAGUGCACCACUAAUAUUAAUAAACUGAAAAGUGAAAAUGGUAAACCA